AUGCAUGAGCUGAGGUACAGGAGCCAGGCCCAGAAGCAUGGGACGGGCCUCCCCAGGCAGGACGGCCUCAUGCAGCGCUCCAUCCGAGAGGUGAACACCUCCAGCCGCUGGUGUGUGCUAUGGGACCUGGACGAGGACACACACUACAGCGUGCAAGUGCAGUCUGUUGGGCCGCAUGCUGACAGCCAGCCCAGCCGAGCCGUCCACUUCAGGACUCUGGAGAGGAGCGACCACUAUCCAGCCGGAGUCCUCGACCAGCAUGAACCUGCGAUGGAGGGGCUGGGUAUGACAACUCACCUUCAGACCGGAGAGCUGCUCAUCGUCACCACUGUGCUGCUGCUGUGGGCAGGUCAGCUUUAUCUCACUGUUUACCAGUGCUGGAGGAAGUACACAUAUCCUCUACUGCAGUAA